AUGCUGUCCUGUGGCAGUGGUGCGGUGCCUGUCACACCAACUGUUGGCAAGAGAAGGACAAUGUGUCCACCAGUUCGCAAGCGACUUGCCUACGAGACUUUUCUAGAGAAGCGAGCGUCGUCGACAGCGUUUCAGCGACACCAAGUGACCCAAGCGACUCAACCGGAGCAAUCAACAUGCGACCACGACAACGUGAUGACGAAUCAAACGCAGCGAGUAGACCCGUUGGAGAGCAGUGCUCCGUCGGCUUUCAUGGAGAAUAUCCAGGCACUGGACCCGUUGGAAGUUCGCAAGCGCAAAAGCCUCGCGCUGCAUAAUGCUGACCUGGACGAGGUUCAGAUCCCGAAAAUGCACGAAGGUCUUUGUCGCGUCUUCUGCCAGCCCAGCUUGUGGUCUCCUGCGUUUGCUUCGCCUGGCGACUUUACGAUCAAGCUGGCGUCGGUAUUUCAGGUUCAUGGCGAAGUCUGCCUCCGUAUUGCCGUAAUGUGUUGCUGCGCUAGAUCUAUUUGUGAUGGCUCGCGCGUCAAGCCAGCAUCGAAGCGGCAGUAUUACAUCUCGUACGUUGAGCGAACGCAACAGGAGACAAUUCAGCUGACGGAAGCGCUAUCGCUUCAGUAUCUAGGACAUCUUUUGGCGGAUAAAUUGCCCACGCAUGGAACACUUCUCAUUAGGAAGCAGCGAGCUCUAGACGAGUACGGGGAACAAGUGAUUCAGUUCUUAUGCUUCGUGAUGCAGAUCACCGCGACCGGCUUAAACCGACUUGUGGCACUAAAAGAGCCUGUGUCAAGCAACGUGCGAGUACGCGACUUCUUAGGUCUAGCACUGAGCUUUGGCGAGCAGACAAUCGUCGCAACGAGCUCAUGCGACGCUCGAAUUGAAGGACAAUACGACGGUAAUCGACCGGUGCUUCCAAGCGCAUGGCUAAAUCUCGACUUGAAUAUGUCUUCGGAUCUAAGCUUUUACGGAAAUGGGAACGCCACGAAGCGAUCCCAAUUCAACGGCAACAUUUGCAGCGAUUUUGGGCCGCUGACACGGUCAUAUAGUCUUAAACGGCCGGGGUCUAGCAAGUGUGUCCGCUUCAUUGACCCUUGUUACUGGUUUGAUGAGACGCCAAAUGACGGGUCGUUUACGGUCGAGAUAUCUAGUGUAUCAAUCAUGGAUGGCGUGGCUAAGUUUGCAAUCAGUGUGCUUUUUUUCGUGGACGGAGGCUUAGAAGUGAAGACCGUCGAUCGUCGCUACUCCGAGUUUGAUGAGCUAGCACUGACACUCGAGGAUAAGGUGCCUUCGCUCCAAAUCCGUAAGUUGCUCCCACCGAAGACUUUUUUCCGAUAUCUCUCGGCCAGCUACCUCGAGCGUCGAGCAGCGUCCUUGCAGCUUUUUCUGGAGCGCAUACUUUCUCUGAAUUUUAAAGGAGCACUCAAUGAGAAGAUUCCGUUUACGGCGGAGCCUCAUGUCCGUCGCUUCCUGAAGCUGCAUGCUGUUGAAUGGAUCGUGGUUCCGUUGAGUAAAUUGUCGCCGACAUCAAAGAGAGCUCGAGAUGGCUUUCGAAUGAACUUCUCCCUAUCACCUACGGCAGCGUCCGAUUUGUCACCAUGCUUGAAUAUUUCGCCUGGGCGUAAUCGGCGUUGCAUUUCUUCUGAGUCGAUGGUACUUCACUACGAAGAUCUUUCUUCGAGACGUACCGAUUCCAUGUAG